GUGACCUGAAUCGCAGAGAAAUUCUGUUAUCGAAAUACCUACCGCCAUUUUCCCAUCACUACGGCUGCAAAAAACAACCGCAAUUGUAAGCGCUAGAGAAAAUCAUGUCCACCAGCGCGUCCGUUGACCUAAGCUCUUACCGAGAUCAGCAUUUCAAAGGCUCACGUUCCGAGCAAGAGCGCUCCUUGCGCGAUUCUUGCACGCUUUACGUGGGCAACUUGUCUUUUUACACCACCGAGGAACAAAUACACGAGCUCUUUUCACGCUGUGGCGAUGUGCGCGUCAUUAUUAUGGGUCUGGAUAAGUACAAGAAGACACCCUGCGGCUUUUGCUUUGUGGAGUACUAUACACGGCAAGAAGCUGAGGCAGCCAUGAGAUUUGUGAACGGCACACGAUUGGACGAUCGGUUGAUACGCGUAGACUGGGACGCUGGCUUCAUUGAAGGGCGUCAGUAUGGUCGUGGCAAGACCGGCGGUCAGGUUCGAGACGAAUAUCGCACAGAUUACGACGCCGGUCGAGGCGGUUAUGGCAAAUUGCUAUCCCAAAAAAUUGCACCCAACACUGACAACCGUUGAGUUAAGCCUGACUAGUCUAGAAUGUAAAGCAUUAUUAUUUAACCAAUCAAUUCUACAUUUUGUGUUCUCCAUUCUCGUAGUUAUAAAGAAAAAAAACUUGGUA